AUGGCCCAAGUAAUUGAUUUGGUACCAUGGCCUGAAGAUGGCCAUCGUGUCUACACGGCCCCAGCGGUGCUACUGCCCCUGGACCCUAGGAAAGCCAUGCUGGCUGGAGUAAAGGACAGGCUUUUCCACCCAGACCUGCCAACCUUACGGCAAAUGGACAUGGACUCAGCAGGGAACAAACUCCCAGAUGAACAUUCCAGGACAACCACCACGUGCACCAAAGAGGAUUUUGCCAACGCAUCCUUCACUCUGGUGGGAGUCCCCAACAAGCGCCUCCCGUCCCUGGGGAUGACCGAGCUGGGCCAGUCGGUCACUGCAAGGUACCGAGCAGGGAAGAUGGCUCCACUCACUCCCAGCACUAACCACGAGGAAUGGCCAAGCUACACGCGGGCUAUGGAUGACUGGUCACGCUUCGUCUCCUCUGCUGGAGAAUUCAAGCUACCCAGCGUGAAUAAGAAAGUGCUCGGGUUCAGCUGUUAUGCGGUUAGGUACUUAAAGCCAGACGUGUCUCAGACGUGGAGGUACUGCCUCAAUCAGAACCCCAGCCUGGACAGAUAUGGACAGAAGCCCCUCCCUUACAACAGCACCAAUGUCUUCAGGAGCUUUGGGUCAACAUACAGCCGCUCGCACUACCUCCAGCCCUGGCGCUAG